AUGGCGACGGGAUCCACAGAGACGGACCUCAUGACCGAUCCAACGAUCAAGCUCCCCGACGACCUCCUGGUCGAGAUCAUCUCGCGCUUGCCGUACAAGUCCACCCGCUGCUGCAAGUGCGUCUCCACGCGCUGGCGGGACCUCAUCUCCCACCCCGACCACCGCGACAAGCUUCCCCGGUCGACCCUUGCCGGCUUCUUCUGCAAAAACCACGGCAUGGACUGCGAUCCACGUUUUCAUGAUGUUUACCACAGCGUCUCGGGGGAUUGGUGCCCUUUUGACGACUCUCUCUCGUUCCUACCUGAAUACGAGCAGCUUGAUAUCUUGGGCUGCUGCAAUGGCCUCCUCCUCUGUCUAUGUUCGCAGCCUUAUGCCGAGAAACCGGAUUAUGUGGUGUGCAAUCCUGCCACUGAGAAAUGGGUAACCUUCCCUGCCAACCGGAUUGUGUCGUUUGCUCGCCUGGGAUUCGACCCUGCCGUCUCCUCCCAUUUCCAUGUGUUUGAGUUGGUACCUAUCAAAGGUGGACAUGAUUAUAGGAUCGAAGAGGUGGGGAUCUACUCUUCCAAAGCUGGAGGUUGGACACAUCAAAUUGCUUGGGACGAUCCAAUUGAGAUACGCUACUUUUCAGGUGGCACAUUCCUCAGCGGGGUGUUGUAUUUACCUUCUGAUAAUAAUUCGGUUGCAGCCAUCGAUGUGGAGGGAAAUUGUAGGAUCAUUCCUCUUCCUACUUCUCAUGAUGCCCCUAUUGUUCCUAAUGUAUAUGUAUCACUGGGACAAUUGCAUCUCACAAAUAGGGGUGCUUCUGAACUAUCAAUCUGGGUUCUUGAAGAUUCUAGUAGCCAAGAUUGUUGGACCUUGAAGCUCAAUGUCAGCUACUUGCAACUGUUUGGAGAAGUGUAUUCAAGCCGCAUGCCAUAUUAUGGUGUUAUCUCAGCACACCCAGAACACAAUAUGGUAUUCAUAACCAUAGGAUUGAGAUCGGGGUUCCAAGAGCUUGUGAAAUUAUUUUCAUACGACGUGGAUUCUAGGGAGCUGUGUUUCGUAUCUGAUCUUGGCUGGUAUGUCAGGCGGGCUUAUCUUUCAUAUGUUCCUUUGUUCUCGGAGUCAUUAGCAGAUGGGCACUAA